CUUGCGAAAGUCGUACUGCUAUUUUUUGAGUUAUUAUGUAUUUGAAUUAAUGUAAAUUAUAAUUGAAAAUGCGUUCUCCACCCUAUAUGUUCGUUUUAUCAUAACAGUAACUAAAUAACAGUCCAUCGCGACAGUUCGCGAUGGAUGUGCCGGAUGAAGGUGUUUUGGAUGUUGAUUUGUUAGGGGACGAAGGUUCCGAGGAUGAGGGAGAAGGAGCGCCCCAGAGUUCUGACUUCUACGCGGGUCCGGCGUCGACGCCAACCUCUUGCGCGUCGUCGCCGCGGGGCGAGGAGCCCGCAUCUCCGCAUGGGGGUGCGGCGACGGCGCCCGCGUUCUUCCACCACCAGCCGUAUGCGCGGCCCUUCUUCACCUCGGGCCGCCGCGGGCCCGGCAGGCCGAGGAAGGAAGGCGCCAAACUGGCGAGAGAGGGCAAGAUUGUUAGAAGGUACCGAGGUGGUGGUGCUGGCUCAGUCCGUGGGGCUAAAAGACACCGAGGCAGCCGAGAUGACGCCCUCGAUGACAUGAUGGAUGAGGACGACUUCACCAUGCCUGCUCCUGAAGAACCACCUUUUAUGCCUGAGAAAUGGCCAGGCAAAGCUUGCGCUCUUUGCAACUUGACCGAGCGCAGUCAGCUGGGCCAAGGCGAGAUGCGUCAAUUCCUCUGCAAUAUCGGCGAAGGAGAUGGCAGCACCACACCAACAGUGCCUAGUGGGGGGACCACUCCCAAUCCUACUCCAAUUAGUACCCCGACUACCCCUGUGCCCCCCGGUCUGGCCUCCCCGCCCCCUGAGCUUGUGGACCCUAAUCAACAUCCCUUGGCGCUGCCGCUGAGUAGGAGGCAAAAAGCGUUUAAUAAGUGCAAAACACCUUUACAUAACCUAGAACACAUAGACGAAUUGUCCAUCAUCGGACAUGUGGAGUCCGUUGAGCUCCCUGCUGUGGUCAGCUCUGGAGCUUUCUACGUGCACCGCUGCUGCCUUGAGUUCAGCCCGCCAUUUCAUGAUCAGGUGGUUGCCUCAGCAGAGGAGGAUAAGGAACAACUAGAAGAGUCCCGGGUGCGGGGUAUUGUAACGACCGCGUUGACGCGAAAAUGUGCCUUUUGCACUAGACAUGGUGCGAGCAUUCCUUGUAAGAUGAGUUGCAGUAAAUACUUUCAUCUGCCCUGUGUUCUCGCUUCCGGAGGUUUCAUGGACUUCCAGACCAAAUCUUCGUUUUGCAAGGACCACUUGUAUCAAGUGGCACUUAUUUGUACAGCUGACAUCGACUGCCGGACGUGCCGAGCCAUCGGCGAUAUAUUCAACCUCAUGACAUGCGUCACUUGCGGCGCGCAUUAUCACGGGACUUGCGUGGGUCUCGCACAGUUGCCAGGAGUACGAGCGGGUUGGUCGUGCCGAUCAUGCCGAGUGUGCCAAGUCUGCCGCGGAGAAAGCGCGACGGGCGUGCCCGCUUCAGACUCUCGCGCGGUAACGUGCGAGCACUGCGACAAGAUGUACCACGCCAUGUGCCUGCGGCCUCGCAUGGCGACCGUGCCUAAAUACGGGUGGAAGUGUAUGUGCUGUCGCAUCUGCUCGGACUGCGGCGCCCGGUCCCCCGGCGCGGGCCCGUCGUCCCGCUGGCACGCGCACUACACCGUGUGCGACUCGUGCUACCAGCAACGCAACAAGGGCAGCUGCUGCCCGCUGUGCCGCCGCGCUUACCGCGCCGCUGCUUACCGAGAUAUGAUCCGGUGUAUAACGUGCAAGAGAUACGUCCACGGCAUGUGUGACCCGGAGGCCGAGCCGCCGCAGUACCGGCUGAAGAAGGAGCAAAACCCGCAAUACGAAUACAACUGUCCCAUCUGCAAGACACAAAUGCAGAUUGCUGGCUCCAAACUCGGCUCGUUCGAGGACGACAACACGGCUUCUACGUCCCAAGACUCUUCGUUUGGUGACGAGAAUUCACAACAGGAACAGGAUCCUCUCGCUAUUGAAGCUAAGCCGGACGUCGGCCUCGGCAAAGGCAAGCCGUACACUGUCUCCUCCAAAGUCGCAAAAAAGAAGAUGGGCGGCUACAAAUUCAAAGGCGGGAUGCACCCCGCCAAACUGGGCUUCCAGAAGAGAGCGAGAUCGGUGCUAGACUUCGGUCGGAAGAGGGGCACCAAACCCAAGAUGCGGGGCGUGUUCGGGGUGCCCGGGCUGGGGCUUCAGAGGCCACAGGCCCCCGACAAUAAGACCACGGAGGAUGAUCCGGGUGUAGAAAAUAAGCUAGUGCUGUGUUCGAGCAAAGACAAGUUCGUGCUGACACAAGACUUGUGCGUUAUGUGCGGUGCCGUGGGCACAGACUCCGAAGGGUGCCUUAUCGCCUGCUCGCAGUGCGGGCAGACUUCUCAUCCUUAUUGUGUUAAUAUUAAGGUAUCUCAAGUAAUAGUAACAAUGGGCUGGCGCUGCAUCGACUGCACCGUGUGCGAGGGCUGCGGCAACCGCGGCGACGACGGCCUCCUCGUGCUGUGCGACGACUGCGACACGGCGUGGCACACGUAUUGUGCGAGGCCGCAGUUGGCGGAGGUGCCGAGGGGCGCCUGGCGGUGCGAGAGAUGUAGGAGGUGUCUCACUUGCGGGACCAGAGAGACCACGGCUUGGUGUGAGAAUUACACAGAAUGCGGGCCGUGCGCGUCGCUAGUAAUGUGCUGCGUAUGUUCGGAGCCGUAUUCGGACGGUGAACUAAUUAUCCAGUGCGAAAAGUGCAUGCGAUGGUUGCACGCGUGCUGCGACUCGAUAAGGAGUGAGGCGGAUGCCGAAACUUGUUGCAGAGCUGGCUACAAGUGCGUGGUGUGCCGCGGGCGCGACACGGCCCCGCCGCACCUGGCCAAGGCCAUCGAGGCGCCCCCCGCCGCGCGCGCGCCGCCCCCCACCGCGGCCGCGCUGGGGCUGAGCGGCGAGUACUACGUGGACGACGUGUGCCUCAGCCAGCGCGGCGCGCACCACAUGAAGCAGCUCGAGGCCGAGAUGGGCAUCACGCACACCAGGCGGAAGAGGCGCUUCAAGAACGAGACCACCGAGAAGGACCAUGAAAUAAUGGCAUCUAUUGAAACAGUGGUUCAGAACGCAGACGUCGAGAUGCCAGACGACUCCAAGCCAGACAGCACGGCCGAAGUUAAAGAGGAACCUGGUAUAUCAAACGCGAACCUCAAAGAGGGCAUACUCUGGAACGUUGUAAACGAAGGCCCCCCGCCCGAAGGCUUCACCGUUUACACGACGGAAUCCGGCCUGACCGUGCUGCGGAGAAAGAGACAGAGAAACCUGAACAAGCUCGGUAUUGGCGGGUUCGUGGUGCGACAGAGACAGAACACUAAGGCGCAGGCCGAUGAUGAGAAGGAUGGUGAUGGGACGCAGGCGUCUGGAGAAUCGCCGGGCAACAAGCGCAAGCCGCGUCGCAAACCGCGCUCCAAACUCAUGGAACAGUUCCCGUCUUACAUGCAGGAGGCGUUUUUCGGGAAAGAACUGUUAGAACCUGCCAAGCCGGCUGUCAGUUCUACAGGCAACCCGUCGUCCAGCCCCGGCGCCGGCGGCCCGGCGCGCCCCGGGACGCCCGAGGGCUACCGCGAGCUGCGCGACUUCCGAUUAGAGCCCGAUAACUCCGACAGCGACGACGAGGACGUGCUCGCGGCGCUUACCACCUUCAACGAGAACGACAGCUCCUACAUCAUCACUCUCAACUCCGAGGAAGUAGAAUUCCUAAACACCCUAAAGCCCAAAGUGGAGAAAGAGGACCCCGAUAACGUCAAAAUUAAGACUGAAGUCACGGAGGACGGCGUGAAGCAUACCGAGGACUCCACGGCACUGAAAAACGCGAUUUUAGGCCCACAACCCGCCGAGAGCGAGCCAUCUGUGCCCUCAGAGAUACCCACUGUGCACAGUACUAAGACUGAAACUAUGCACAGCAACAGCGAAACGGGCGGAUCGUCCCAAGCGUCGACGAUAUCGCCAAAAGAUGAUCUGUCGCUAUUGGGCGUCAAUCUGGACGCCAUGGUGCGAGACACUCUCCCUGAUAUGGACAGCAACGAUGUCGAUGAGAUAUUCAAGGGCGUGCUGACCGACGAUUCACAGGAAUCUCAAGAAUCAUCCGUAUCAUACGUGAACUCCAUGUCCGGUACGCCGUACUCGCAGCAGCGGCAGCAGUUGCAAAGCCCGAUGGAUUACGCCUCGCCUUACCACACUGAUUUCGGCGGGAGCAGCAGCAACAGUGCCCUGAGCCCGCUGUUCUCGGACAUGGGCGGCGGCGGCGGCGGCGCGUGGGGCGGCGAGCAGCCCGCGGCGCCCACGCCCUCCUACAACCAGCGCUCCGCCGAGAAGAUGCGCGCUGACGAGAGCCUAGGCCCCGCCGCGACCAUAUCUGCAGUUCUAUACGCGAACACCAACCACCCCGAAUGGAAGACCGAGUUCCCCAACUGGACCGACCGCUGCAAGCAAAUACUAAAGAAAUGGCGCGCGCUCCCCGUAGAGCAAAAAGCACCUUAUUUACAACGAGCCAGGGACAACAGGAGCGCGAUUCGCAUGAAGAAAGCACAGCAGAGCGGAGGCAGCUUGGAGCCGGAGGCGCCGACGACGCCCACGCCGCCAGCGGAGCGCCCCGGGCCGGAGCAGGAGCGCGCGUGCGGGCAGCAACGCAGCGCGCGGGAAGCCGAGCAGGAGAGGCAGUGGAAGCAGUUGCAGCAGUUGCGCCAGCAGCAAACGCAGCAGCAACAACAGAUUAUUCAUGAUCAGCGGAUACAAGCAGCGAUGCAGCGGCUUCGAACACCGGACUCCGAGCCGCCGCCUUCACCAGCGCCCGAAGCCCCUCGCAGCGCCUUCCCGACACAACGGUUCCAAUACGCGAACGAUGAUAACAUCAACCGGCAGCUGCGCGACCUGCUGCAACGGCACCCUGAGAAGAUGUGGCCUGGACAAGGGAGCAACGAAGAAGGCGGCGGUCCCACGGGGCUGGAGGGGCAGCCGUUCCGCACUCCUCUGCCUGUAGGGCUUCGCCCUCGAGCUCCGCUCCCGCCCGGGCAGCGACCUGAACAUCCUCUUCUUAUGCACCAACGGCUGGUAGCACCCGAUGGCACGCCUAUACAGCAAACCGUCAGGAACCAGGGGCAGCAAGUUGUUGAACAGAAACCACAUGUCAUGACACAGCCCAACGCUCAAGGUGGGGAGAGCAAACAGGAGCCCGGAGAGCACGGGAACGAUGAAAUGGACAUGGGCGAUAUGGACAAACUGGAACAGGAUGCUGGCAACAUUGGCGAGGUGGGCGACAUCCUAACCGGCCUGGGCGGGGAAGACGACGAAGAGCUCCUUGAAUCACUAACAGCCGAGAUCGGGGAGCAGUUCAACAUCCUAGAGUACGCCGACCCGGAGCUGGCGGCGCUCAACGACGCGGAGCACAUCCUCGACGGGCUGGAGCUGGAGGAGGUGCCCGAGCGGCAUGCCAAGAGGGAGCACCCCAUCGAGGAAUCUGAACACAAGCCGGACACCAAGAUGGACAGUGAACUGCAGAAAGCGGUGAAAAACAUCGAGGCGUCGCAAUGCAAACCGGAAGAUGACAAGCCGCGGCUACCGCACCAACAAAUGCUACAGUCGGCGAUGCUGGCGAUCAAGUCGGAGGUGAAGCUGGAGACGGCGGAGAUGAAGACGGAGCCCGAGUGGCGUGCGGGCGGCGCCGCGCCGCGCCAGCUGUUCCCGCAGGCGCAGGCCUUCCCCGCCGCCCGCCUGCAGCAACAAGGCAUGGUGCAGCACGGGCAGUUCACCGGCGCCCCGCAGAUGGGGCAGCAGCUGGCGCGCCCGCUGCAGUUCCAGCACCACAUGCAGUUCGCACAGGGCGGCGCCAGCAGCGUGAACUCGGCGAGCAUCGUCAAUGCCAUGCAGGCGCAGGUGAAGGCGGCAAUGCAGGCCGGACGCAACAUCGCACCGGGCACGCGUCUCGUGGGCGCGGACGGUGCCGUGGGCGUCGUGCGCCACGACCGCACCGUGCAGCUGCACACACUGCCGCACUCAGCGACAGUUGGUGCUGGCGUUUCUCGACCGCCACCGCCACCGCCGUACCCCGGCACGCUGCGUCAGCCUCAACCGCCCCCGCCACCGUACCCACAGGUGCCCUAUGAAGCGGCGGACUGGGGCGACUGGCUGCAUCGACGCCCGCUGCUGCUGCAGAACGUAAACCAGGAGCAACCGUUGCUUCUGGAGGAGCUCUUGGAGCAGGAGAAGCGCGAGCAGGAGCGAGACGGCGAGUGGGGUGCCCCGGCGCCCCUGCCGCCCGCCGCGCCGCCCGCGCCCCCCGCGCCCUCCAUCCCGCUGUACGCCGGCGCGCCCCCGCCCGCGCCCGCGCCGCCCGCCUCCGACACGGACCACCACCAGCGCCGGCUCUACGAGCAGUGGCUCAAAGCCUACAACGCCUUCGCCACCGACCAGCUGCGCUACUACGAGCAGGAAGUGCAGAAACUCCGUAAGAUCCGCAAGUCGCUCAACAGCAAGCAACGUCAGCUGCGCAAGUCGGGGAACGAGCUGAUGCCGAACGACGCGGCGGAGCUGCGGCGGGUGUCGGCCGAGCAGGCCGCGCUGCAGAAGCACCUCGAGGCGGCUAGGAAGCAGUCCCGCCAGCACAGCAUGCUCAUACAAGAAUACGAGACGAAACAACGCCAGCAGAAUCCUCAGUUAGCGCAACAAUCUGUUAUAAGUCAACAACAGAUCACGACCAACCAGACCGUAUACACUCAGAACCAGAGCAUUCCUCAAUCGCCGCAAAUGCAACAAACCGCCAUCAACCGGCCGAUGCAAAUAGGCCUGCAGGGAACUGUCCAGCAACAACAGAUUAUAAGGAACCAGCAAACUGUCUUAAGCUCAGAAGGACAGCAGCGGAUAGGUCUUGUGACGUCGCCGCUCAACGCUCAAGGCCGCAUCCUCCAAAGCGGACGAACGCUAGUGAUAGAACAAACGGGAUCACCUCAACAGCAACUAGUCAGGCAGCUUUCCGGGGUUCAAGAGAGACCACAAUCCGUCGGCAUGGUGCAAUUCGGGCAGCAGCAACUGGGAGUACGGAACACAAUGCCCGCGGGCGCUCAAACUCCACGCCCAGCCGGCACGAGACCCGCCAUGUCGCCGCUACACGUGCAAUCCCCACAUUCGCAAUCUCCUUUACAUUCCCUAGCGCCACAGUCUCCUUUACACCACCUGACCUCCCCCUUGCAAUCGCCGCUGCAUUCCCAACAAUCUCCUUUACACCACACGUCGCAAUCUCCUUUACAUUCCUCGACGCAAUCACCUCUCCAUACCCAGCAGUCUCCACUCCACUCCCAACAAUCCCCCAUGCAUGUGCAGCAGUCCAACGUGCCGCAGCAAUCUCCGAUGCAUCAGAGUCCUAUGCAUCAAGGCUCUAUGCAUCCGCAACAGAGCCCAAUGCAUCAACAGGGCUCGAUACAUCAGCAGAGUCCAAUGCACCAGCAAAGCCCAAUGCAUCAGUCUCCAUUACAUCAACAGAGUCAAAUAUCUCAGCAAUCGCCGAUGCAUCCUCAACAGUCGCCGAUGCAUUCGCAACAGUCGCCUAUGCAUCUGCAGCAGUCGCCGAUGCACACGCAGCAGAGCCCGAUGCAGUCGUCGAUGUCGCCGCAACAUUUCUUGCAACAGUUGCAAGCUCAGAGAACGAGCCCACAGUUGCCGACGCCCAGUAGGAGUCCACAAAUAUAUCAACAAUCACAAAUACAAAGCCCGGUUUCGUCACACUCGCCUCAGAUGCAGUCUGAUUAUACGACGAGUCGGUUCUCACGGCCAGCGCCCGGUUGUUCUCCAUUGCCCAACCGCUUCGCCAGGCCUCCGCAUCACCAGCAAGGAAUGAGAGUGGGAGUGCCGUUCGGCAGUCGGCAGCAAACGUCGCCGCUCGGCAGCCCACAGCCUCUGCCUUCACCCGGCAACCCUGCUAAUGAGAUGGCGCGCCAACAAAUGCUGCAACGGCAACAGUACAGCCCGAUGGGCGGCGCGCCCCCCUCGCCCUCGCCGUCCCUCUCGCGCUCGCCGCACGUGCGCACGCCCACCCCCUCCGCCUCCGCGUCCGCGUCGCCCGCCGCCUCGCCCGCGCCGCUCGCCGACCACGGCGGCGGCCACCACCACCACAUGGCGCCCGCGCCCGCGCCCAUCCCGCCCGGCUACAGAUACUUCAAGGUUGGCCUGUUCGGCGGCGCCCCCGUGUGGCCCAACAAGGACGACGACCGCCGCAGGCCACCCCACAUCAACAAAGUAUCCAUACUGAAGCGGCGAACACCCCCACGCCCGAGGUUCGCCGGCAAGAGCGCCCCUGGGACCUCCGACGAGCGCCCGUCCGAGGAAUCCGCCAGUCAGAGCCCCAGUGAGACGAGAGAAUUCCUACUCUACUCGUCUGAUGGAGUGGAAUACUCGGCCAUGUCCGACGACGCCGCGAGAAUGGGCUUCGCGAAAGACGACGAUGACGAUAUAGAGGAAAUAGUCGAGGAACACCUAGACGAUGCCGAUAUAGUGGUAGUGGAGCCGGGAGCGAUAUCGCCCGAGGAACGAAUCGCGACCGAGGAGGACUUUGAAGAGCUCAUCGACAGCGGGAAACCUGAGGACGAAAUGGAGGAGGAAACUAUCCCUGAGAAAACUACUACCAGAACUGAGACUACGACUAAAACUGUAGCAGUUAUAAGCUUGUCCACUGCUAAUAAAGCUUCCCCUAACGUACAGCAAUACAAGCUGGUGAAUCCGUCACAAAGCAGUGCCUUGUCGCGGCUGCCAGUGUUAAGCGCCACCAUGCUCUCCCCGCAUGCCAACAAUAAGAUUCUAAACGAAGUCUCACAAGCGACUGUCGCUUCUGUUUCUAUCGCAAACCAGACCAUUUCAGUGCCCGUGUUAAAGAGCCUUUCCGUUCCUAUCGGCGGUCAUGGUACCGGUGCGAAACCUCAGCUCAAAAAAAUGCCUCUUAAUUUAAGUAAUCCACCCUUAACUAUCAACAUGUCCACGCACCUACAAUCGAAGCCGAUCAGCUCAGUCAUCAGCGUUAUAUCUUCAAACAUACCUAAAACGGCAACCCUGAACCCAGUGAUUACGCUCGCCACGUCCAAUACCGCGGCCGGCGCUUCCAGAGUACCAGUGUCUAUACUUACGCAACAUCAAGUCAAACAAAAGAUCGUCAAAACCAUUGAAAAGCCAAUGGCUUUGUCACUAUCUAAUACUAAGCUCUCUAGUCUCUCAGUGACGCAUGACGCGACAUUGCCAGCAAAGAUAUUCCAAGAUGAAGCGGCAUCCCCUGACAGCACGGUUGCCUCUGACACACCCGCAGACAAAGAAAUACACCAGAUAACUACUACCGCGCAACAUUUGGGUGCCAUGACCUCUCAAGGUUUAGCUCAUUUAGAUCAUAAACCACCUCCAAUAAUCAAAGAAACAAGCAAAGAUAUCGACAUUGAGACUGAAAUCAGUCAGCAGACUGAAUUGCCACAUUCGUUAUGUAUAACUGAUAGAACGCCAUUGGUGCUCGGAAAGGCGGACAUAAAAAGCCCCGAUCCUAUACCAGAAAAGAUUCCCGACAACAUCAUGGAAGGCGACGAUGAAGAUAAACCUGAAGACAGUCUACAAAGUAACUUAUUACUUUCUUAUAACAAAUCGAUCUCUGAUCAGUCACAAAAUACGUCAACAGCUGACAAACAAGCGCAAGAGAAUGUGGUAAAAACGAUUAAAGCCAUUGCAAAUCAGACUAAAGAGAUGGUCAUCGAUUCCAACAUGCAAAUUACAUCCGAUAUGACUCAAGAAUCUGUACAGAUUUCUAUACCAUCCCCUACCCCGUCACAGGAGAGGUAUUUGAAUGACAUCACUAUGCAAGAACACGCGGAAACUGUGGAAGGUAAUCAGAAACGCGUGGAGACGUUCGAAGACAUGCUGUGCAUGCUAGAGAAUAUAACGGAUGACGCUAAACCUUUUGCUAUGAAGCAGCCUAACCCUAAACCGAAUCCUCAAACUCAUGCUCCACAAAAUCCUAACAUAAAUCCUGCCGUAAAACCGGAACAUAAGGAGCCAAUGGAGCAACACAGUUUCCCUAAACGAGAUACGGACAGAUUGAGUUUGCAGUCUGCUACCGUGCCUCAGCUCUCGCCGCUGUCCCAACCUUCAGAGUUACAAUCUAACAUGGCGAACGUAUCUCAACAACUGCGGACCAUCAUGUCUUCCCUCAAUACGGCUACUUCAAAAGUGGAUGUUCAAACUGUAUCAUCGCUAAUGAGAAAAAAUUGUGACGGUACAGCACCCACGCAAGUGAAUUUCGAGAACCUUCUACCGUCGUCCAAAGUCGAAGUUGCGGCUUCGAGACCAUCUCCAGUACAGAGGAUGGAGAAACCGAUAACGUCCAUUCCUAAUUCAGACAGUUUGCCGAUGAGCGCGGCACAAAUGCUCGGAUCCCGAGUCAACACGCUAUCAUCAAUGGGUCAGAAUAGAAAAUCUCCUACAGUGUCUCCCAUAAGUUCUCCGGUCGGCAUGCAAAAUACCUUAAUGAAGUCCCCUGCUCAAUCACCCCUGAUAACUAACCAGGGUUUCUCUUCUAACGAAGACAUGAACGCUACCUCUGUAGCUUCCCAAAUUAUUCAAAUGCCAGCGCUCUCUAAAAUACACAGCUCGUCCGCGCCGCAGUCCAUAAUGCAUUCCAACAACACCAUUACGACCACUGUCAGCGGAUUCCAAAAGGGACAACCAUUACCCACGAGCAUAUUAGGGCAUACAUUGCUUCAGCCUACGAGACAAAUUAAUACAAGCAAUCUCCCUUUCAACCCUCAAAGCAUCAGCUCUAGUCAACCCCCAGCGUUGGUAAUGACAUCGCGGCCUAUGAUGGGCAAGGAACCUCCGCCAAACGUCACCGUCCGCGCUCACACUCUAGUUAGCCCAGGUAUGAGCCAAAUAAACCAAAUGCAGGCGAAACCUGCCCAGGGACCAAUUAAUUUCAUCACGUCUUCCAAACUAUUGCAUACGCAACUAACUUCGCCGUUGAAACGAUCAAAAUCCACUGAUGAACCCAAGACAGAAGUUAUUGUAGGUCACAUACAGCCUACUAAAAGACAUAGCGUGGAAUCGGUCAUUGUGAAAUCGGAACCAAUGGAGACCGACGAGCCGACGGCGACUUCUACGAUCGUUACAGACAACGCUGGCAACAAAAUCAUACAUCAGUCAGCCAAUCAGAGAAAUGAUGAGUCUCAAAAUGUGUUGUUAAAACAACUGCUGCAGACAACUACCUCGGCCGCAACUGUUGUCCCGCGGACGAUGACUAUUCAAAGGACCGCACCGGCUUUAGGGACAAUACCCUCGCUAGAAGCCCAGCUAGCUAGACCUUCAAUUCCACCACCUACCCUAGCCUUGUCACAAGAAGUGGAAAUACCUAAAAACUCGCCGCGACAAAUCAUGACGCAUAAUACACAAGUCAGUUCACCCUACACUAGUCGACCGAGCAUGCAGACUAUCCAGACGAUGCAAGGCAUGCCCAUGCAGACUUCCAUUCCGACGUCUUCUAUGUCACCCUUGAUGCACUGCUCCACGCAGUCACUCAUGGACGUACGAAAACCGAGUAUGAAAAUUAUGACUAAAGAAGAGACCACGCCGUUGCCGGAGAGUUCACCAACAAUUAAGACGAUGCCAAUGUACCCCAUGGGCAUGGACGCUCAACAGCUCCAUCAAGCGAUAAAGAAGGAAGUCACGCCGCCACAACAAAGCCCUGUCAUGAGACCUUUCACUCCCAUGGAUGUGAAGAAAGAGCUGCUCGAUGAGAGCUCCCAGCAAUCCGCCACUUCUGGAGUCUCCACUGCUUCAGACCAAGGGAAACUCGACCAGCCGAUGAAGGAAGAGUUUCCUGAAAGCGUCAACAUGGAUCCUUCCGCGGAAGCUAACGCUCCAGAAACGCCUUCCGAAGCCAAAAAACGCAAGAGACGAGAAUAUCAGCAGAAGAAGAGGAAACAACUACAACUGAACAUGAAAAUGGCAGCGGAGAACAAUGUGAGUGCAGCGAACGCCAAGAAGAGACCGCGAAAGGGCUCUCGCUACGAGGAAGACUAUGACACGUUUAUUGACAAUCUGAUGGCUCAGCUCCGGCUUCUGCAGCCAAUGCAAAUUCAAGAACCAUCACUAACUACUAACUUUGCAGUCUGUCCACUUUUCGGGUCCGGAGACUUGACAAAAUUAAAGAACAAGGACUACGAUAUUAUGAAGGGUGAUCUGGUUGGAGAAUUCGGCAACGCAAAGAUUCCGAAUGUCGCCGAUUACUACAACACGAAGCCUUUCGGUGACGACGAGCCACUGCCGGAGAAACCGCCAGCGUCUACUCAAAGAGGGUUCUACGAUCAAGAAUUCCAGCCGAUCGUGUUUGAUGAAGAUCCAGAAGAUAAGAAAUUGGACUUCAUUUGUAAGGAGCGAGACACGGAUACUCCAGAUAGCAUAGUGAGCUGUUCGAGUCCCGAGUGCCUUGAUAUUGAACCAGCGAACCGCUUCCCUGGUCUAAAACUUAUUGAUGAUGAUGAAGAAGAUGAGGACAGUGAUUCCGCAAUGUCCGGUAAAGUGUCCCCGAUCAUACCUUUAAUCGCUCCUGUUCCCAUCCGAGUCAAACCAGUCUCACUGUUCAAUUUGAAGGAUGAGGAUGGCUCGACGGCGCUGAAGUGCCUGGACUCAGACGCCCCUAUGAAGACUGUCGACUCGCCUGGCAGCACAGAGAGCAACGAAAACGUAACGGUAACACUAACACUCACUUCCGGUGCCGCUGAAGAUAUACUAGGCGUAUUGAAAGAACUCGCGGGAAUUUUACACAUACCACCACCAACUUCCUACCAAAUCGUAGAAAGAACAGCUACACCACCGUCCCACAAGUUGGGGCUGUACAGAUCAAAAGGUAAAGAUGGGAAGGAGGGCACGCCUAUUGACAUUCAAAGUAUACUCAACGGAGCGGCUAAGUUCUGCCGUCACUGUGAUGUAGUUAUUUUAGAUUCGGUCGUCAGAGCGAAGGCGUCCGAAUUUCCAUUGCUAUCAGCGAACAAAGGCAACGCCGAAGACAUCUUGUGCGAUAGCGAUUCAGAAUUAUACUUCUGUAGCACGCAAUGCUACGAACGAUUCGCUUGGCGGCCCACGAACAUCAUUCUAGACGGGAAGUCGAAAGCACCCGUAAAGGAGGACGUCAAGUCUGACAACGAGACAAACCUAUCUAAAGAUCGCGAUGACUUCGACACGGCGUCCACAGAGAGCAUGGAAACGGACGAUUUAGACAUCAAACCGGACAUCAAGGACGAAAAAAUGGACCUAUCCUUCAUAGACUCACUGGACAAUGACGAGCUGAUGAAAGAAGUCGGCGAGGACGUCGGAUUAGGCGGCUUAGAUGAAGACCUCAAGAACGAAUCCGACGAAAAGAGCAACCAUAGCGUAGAAAAAGAAAAAUACAGAGGCAUUCGUUACAAAGCGUGGUCGCCGGGCUGCAUCGGGCCGCCCGUCAAGUACAAGCGGCCGACAGACCGGGAGCUUACCGAACUCGUAUUCAGAACUGGGGUCGCUAUAAUGCCGGUGACUACGGAAGAUUCUCGACGUUGCGAGCUAUGCGGGAUCCAAGGCGACGGAGUGGCGGAUGGUGUUUCAAGGCUACUCAAUUGUGACGUAGACCGCUGGGUGCACCUGAACUGUGCGCUGUGGUCCGAGGGAGUGUACGAGACGGUGAGCGGCGCGCUGAUGAACGUGGAGACGGCGCUGGCGGCGGGCUCGAACGCCACGUGCGCUGUGUGCCGCCGACUCGGCGCUACUGUGCGCUGCUUCAAGGUGCGGUGCGGCAGUGUGUACCACCUCGGCUGCGCCGUCAAAGACAACUGCGUAUUCUACAAGAACAAGACUGCUUUCUGCGCUUCACACGCACCCAAGAGCGAAAAAGAUAACGAACUGACAACCCUGAGCGUCCAACGUCGCGUAUACGUGUCGCGCGACGAGCAGCGACAAGUCGCGUCCGUCAUGCUGCACUCUGACACCAACCACCUCAUCCGAGUGGGAGGCCUUAUCUUCCUGAGCCCUGGGCAUCUGCUCCCGCACCAGCUGGCUUCCUUCCACACGCCCAACUACAUCUACCCUAUCGGAUAUAAGAUCGUGAGAUUCUACUGGUCAAUGACGCGCGCUAACGCGCGCUGCCGCUACGUGUGCUGGAUCUCGGAGGAGCAGGGCCGGCCGCGCUUCCACGUGCGCCUGCAGUCCGAGCCCGAGCAGGACAUGAGCGCGCCCACGCCGCGCGCCGCCUGGGCCAAGGUGUUAGACGCAGUGGCAGCAUUGCGGGAGGCCCGCGGGGAGGCCGGCGUGCUGAAGCUGUGGCCCAACUACGUGACCGGCGAGGACCUGUUCGGGCUCACGGAGCCUGCCGUCGUGCGGGUGCUCGAGAGCCUUCCCGGCAUAGAAACGCUGACCGACUACCGGUUCAAGUUCGGCCGGUCGGCGCUGCUGGAGGGCGGGCUGGCGGUGAACCCGUCGGGCUGCGCGCGCGCCGAGCCCCGCUGCCGCGCCGCCUGGCGCCGCGUGCCCGCCGCGCGCGCCGCCCUCGCCCCCGCCGCCGCCACCCCCGCGCCCGCGCCCGACCAUCCCGCCUGCCCCUACAGCAAGCAGUUCGUGCACACCAAGAGCAGCCAGUACAAGAAGAUGAAGUCCGAGUGGCGGAACAACGUCUACCUCGCCAGGUCGAAGAUCCAGGGGCUGGGUCUGUACGCGGCGAGAGACAUCGAGAAGCACACGAUGGUGAUAGAAUACAUCGGCGAGAUCAUCCGCUCCGAGCUCUCUGAAAUCCGCGAGAAACAAUAUGAAGCGAAGAACCGCGGCAUCUACAUGUUCCGGCUGGACGAGCGGCGCGUGGUGGACGCCACGCUGUCGGGCGGACUGGCGCGCUAUAUCAACCACUCGUGCCAGCCCAACUGCGUGGCCGAGGCCGUCGAGGUGGACCGCCAUCUGCGCAUCAUCAUCUUCGCCAAGCGACGCAUCGCGCGCGGGGAGGAGUUGGCGUACGACUACAAGUUCGACAUCGAGGACGACGCACACAAGAUCAUGUGCAUGUGCGGCGCGCUCAACUGCCGCAAGUGGAUGAACUGAACGCCACCGGAAGAGUACCGGACACCGGACACCGGACACCGGACCCGACUCGCAGUAGAUGUGAGCGAACCUCUAUACUUACUCGUAUUGGUUUCGUUUUAAUGUAAAAAGGCUAUGAAACCUAGUUUUUACCAAAGUGAUUUUAGUGCCCCUAGUUAAGUGUAAAAAGUUAGGUAACCGAUUUCACUUUCUCGAGCUGGCAAGUGUGAUUUAGCCGUAAGAAUAAUGAUUUACAGAUAAUCUUAUAGUUUAUUAUAAUUUUAUAUGUGGACGUCGCGACGUUUGAACACUUUUUGUACAUAAUAUUAAAUCGGUAUAUGAAACGUUGUUAUUGAAUUUGGAUGUUUUAAAUGUGACAUUUCGUAGCGUAUGGAUUGGAGUAUUUUUAAUUUAAUAUUUUUAAUGUGUUCUAUGAACGUUCGGUGUGGCCGCUGUUUUCUAUUGACAUUUUAUUGGUUUUAAUUUAAAUAUAUUUUUUCAUGGAUGACUUUCUAAAUUGUUGUUGAAUCUUAUACAAAUAAAAUAAUGAAUCGAUAUGGAAUAGUUUUGAUAAUCUCACAGCGAUGAAGUAGUUUAGGUAACCAAAUAGAAGAAUAUGCAUUUAGUACACUAGGCACGAGUAUAUAUUAUGAAGUAUCAUUACAUAUGCCUUGUGGUGCCUGUUUAGUACGUCGUAGUAUAAUACGUUAACGUUACUGUAGGUUACACGACACCACAGCACGCCUUGGUCCGCCCGACCCUCCCUACAUAUACUAACUAGUGUAUACGUAUUUAUAUAGCGUAGCGUAGCGCUCGCGCGACUAUUCUGACACUCGUACUAUAGUGAAGCUAGUGAACUAUUACGAUACCAGUCAACGUAGUCACUUACUCAAUUUUAUUUUAUCAUCUUAUAAUAAACUUAGAACUAUGAAAUAAAACUAUUUAUUAUAAGUCUCAGAUCAUAUUUUUAUCAGACUUCAGACUGCACUUUGAUAAGACAUACUUAGAUAAUGAAUUUUCAGCGAGCUGUAGGUAGUGUAAUUUAUAUGAAUAGGUUAUUUUUCGAAAUGUGAUAUUACCUCACACGGCGUCACAUGUUCAUUUUGUAGUGGCGACUUAGAUCUAGUGUUAGUUAGGUAUCGCGUAGGAACUGUACAGUUGUCCGAGCUGAACUGCGACACGACGCGUUACGGAAAUAUCAAAGCCGGCUGUGACUGUCACUUGUCCUAUGUUAGAUCAGUUUGCGUAUGUAUAAAGGUCGCAUCGUUCACCUGGGACAACGGUAGUUCUCCUCGGUAAACAAAGUGAUAUGAUAUAUUAGCGGCAGUAGAGCGACGCCCGGCCCGGGCUCAAUUCUGUGUCUAUAAUAUCUUAGUUCGAGUUUAUAGAAAUUUUAUUUAAACACGAAGUUGCCAUCUACCAAUGUUAUGAAAUCAUGCAAUCUAAUUUUAAGUGUUAAAUGUGCAAUACCCUAUCUUGAAUACAGAUUGUAAAUAUUCCGCUCGUAGUAUCUUUAUUACUUAUAUUGUAAUCGCGAAAUAGUUUUUUUAAAGUUGUACUACAAUAAUCGUUUCAAUUAUUAUGUUCUCAUUGCUUUUCUAUUGACUUAUUUAUUUAAAGCAUUCCCAUAAUGCACUGAUUUAAAAGUCGAUCCAAUCUAUUGUUUCAGAGUUAUGUAUGACUAUGUUUGUAAAUUGAAUACUUUAGAAAUAUUUCUAUACAAUAAUAUUUUUAUUGCAUUAUUUUCCUAUCAUUAAACCUUAAUUAGUAAA